AUGGGGGACAGCAAAGUUGAAGGCAAGGCUCGGACCAAGGAGGCGACUAAUCCCAACGAGUUCCGCCUUGCUCUGUGGCCGACCGAUAUCCUUGACAAAGAGUUGGCCGGAGAGGAAGACCAAAAUCAGAGCCAACCAAUUUCUCCAGAAGUGAGGCAGCACGGCGUGGCAGAGACGAGCAAGAGUGGCGCACCAUCCGUCAAAAUCAGCAUGAACUUGAAUAUUGAUAUGCAACUUAAGGCUAAGAUUAAGGGCAGGGUCGAACUAUCCAUUCUUGGCGGAAAGAAAUAA